AUGGCCCAGAGGGAGCCGAUCGGACGGCUGGUGGCAAAACUCGCGAAGGAAAUGGAAGCGGCUGCACGCAUGCGCAAGAGACAGAAACCUGCUGGGCCGACGGCGCCAGCCGCAGCAGCAGCCGCCUCUCUGGGGCGGGUGCAGGGGGCUCGCCUGUCCCUCCAGGACGAGUUCGUUGUUUCCCGUGUUCUGUUGUUCGUCUGCAGCAGCCGCAGCAGCAGCAGCCGCCUCUCUGGGGCGGGGACCCUGGCCUUGCUUUCUUGCCCUGACCUCUUGACCGGCCCCGGCUUUCCCGUCUGUCUUUCAGAGAGCCUCAUGAACACCAAGCUGGAGACGGCUGAUCUGCAGUGGACGACGUACCCACCUGUGGACGGCCAGUGGGAAGAGCUGAGCGGGAUGGAUGAGGAACAGAACAGCGUCCGGACGUUUGAGGUGUGCGCCGUCCACCGCCCCAACCAGAACAACUGGCUCCGGACCACCUUCGUCCCCCGUUCGGGCGCCACCCACGUCUACGCGGAGCUCCGCUUCACGGUGGUGGAGUGCUUCUCCAUCCCGCGGGUGACUCGCUCUUGCAAGGAGACGUUCAACGUCUUCUUCUACGAAGCCGACGCCGACGUGGCCACGGACACUUUCCCCGCCUGGAUGGAGAACCCGUACGUCAAGGUGGACACGGUGGCGGCGGAGCACCUCACGAGGAAGCGGGCCGGGAUGGAGGCCUCUGGGAAAGUGAACGUGAAGACCCUCAAGAUCGGGCCUCUCUCCAGGGCGGGGUUCUACCUGGCUUUCCAGGACCAAGGGGCCUGCAUGGCGCUCCUCUCCGUCCGCCUCUUCUACAAGAAGUGCCCCUCCGUCACCGUCAACUUCACCGUCUUCCAAGAGACGGUGCCCAAGGAGCUGGUCAUGCCCGUCGCAGGUCGGUGCGUGGCCAACGCCGUCAAGACCAGCUCCCGGCCCCUCAGCAUGUACUGCCGGGAGGACGGGCAGUGGGCCGAACAGACCGUCACCGACUGCGCUUGCGCCGCAGGCCACGAGCCCUCCGAGGAGAACACCAAAUGCCGGGCCUGCGCCCCUGGCUCCUUCAAGGCCUCGCAAGGCGAGGGGUCUUGCUUGCCGUGCCCCUCCUACAGCAACUCCCACCUGCCUGGCUCGAGCGAGUGUUCCUGCCGCGUCGGGUUCUUCCGGCCCCCAGAUGAUCCCCCGUCGAAGCCCUGCACGACCACGCCAUCCGCGCCCCGCAGCAUCGAGGCCAGGAUUAACGGCUCGGUAGCAGUGCUGGAGUGGAGCGAACCCUUGGAGAACGGCGGUCGCGACGAUGUGGCUUACAACGUCCUCUGCUCGGAGUGCCUGGAAAGGCAGUCCUGCCGCCUCUGCUCCCGCCUGGCUUACGCCCCUCGGGCCAGGGGGAUAGUGGACCGUACCGUCACCGUCGAGGGGCUUCAGCCAUACGUGACGUACUCCUUCCAGAUCCAGGCCGUCAACGGGGUCUCGGACAUGAGCCACAACCCGCCCCAGGUGGAAUCCAUCAACAUCACCACCAAUAAGGAUGUGCCCCAGCCUGUUUCGGAGAUCCAGCCGACAACCGUCACGCCCACCGGGAUGACCUUGGCGUGGCCCCCUGUCCAGCCUCCAACGGGGAACAUCUUGGAUUACGAGGUCAAGUAUUACGAGAAGGGUGUCGGGGGCCCCAUGUUUGUGAAGACCUCCGAGAACCGAGUGACUCUGAGCGGCUUGCGCCGGGGGGCCAUGUAUGGCGUCCAGGUCCGUGCCCGCUCCGAGGCAGGCUACGGCGGCUUUGGGCCAGAGAGGGCCUUCCAGACGCAAGGGGCCGAGUCGGAAAGCCCCACGGAACAGCUGGCCCUCAUUGUCGGCACUGUGGCCUUGGGGGUUCUCCUGGUCCUCGCCGUGGUCGUCGUGGCCAUUGUCUGCCUCCGGCGCCAAACUUCUUCUGGGUCCCGGGAGCCGGAAUACUCAGAUAAGCCCGGGCAGUACCUGAUUGGGCACGGCACCAAAGUCUACAUUGACCCUUUCACCUAUGAGGACCCCAACGAAGCCGUGCGCGAAUUCGCCAAAGAAAUUGAUGUCUCGUAUGUCAAAAUCGAGGAGGUCAUCGGUGCAGGUGAGUUUGGGGAGGUCUGCCGCGGCCUCCUGAAAGUGCCGGGGAAGAAAGAGAUCUACGUGGCCAUCAAGACGCUCAAAGGGGGGUACACGGAGAAGCAGCGCCGCGAGUUCCUCAGCGAGGCCAGCAUCAUGGGCCAGUUCGACCACCCCAACAUCAUCCGCCUGGACGGCGUCAUCACGAACAGCGUCCCCGUCAUGAUCAUCACGGAGUUCAUGGAGAAUGGGGCUCUGGACUCGUUCCUCCGGUCAAACGACGGACAGUUCACACCCAUCCAGCUGGUGGGGAUGCUGCGGGGGAUUGCCUCGGGGAUGCGCUACCUGUCCGACAUGAGUUACGUGCACCGGGACUUGGCGGCCCGUAACAUCCUGGUCAACAGCAACCUGGUCUGUAAAGUGUCGGACUUCGGCCUCUCCCGCUUCCUGGAGGAGAACUCCUCGGACCCCACCUACACCAGCACCCUGGGCGGGAAGAUCCCGAUCCGAUGGACGGCCCCCGAAGCCAUCGCCUUCCGCAAGUUCACCUCGGCCAGCGACGUCUGGAGCUACGGCAUCGUGAUGUGGGAGGUGAUGUCGUUCGGAGAGAGGCCGUACUGGGACAUGUCCAAUCAGGACGUGAUCAACGCCAUCGAGCAGGACUACCGGCUGCCUCCCCCCACCGACUGCCCCACCUCCCUGCACCAGCUGAUGCUGGACUGCUGGCAGAAGGACCGGAAUUCCCGGCCCCGCUUCGCCCAGAUCGUCAGCUCCUUGGACAAGUUGAUCCGGAACCCGGCCAGCCUCAAGAUCGUCUCACGGGGCAACGGAGGGCCAUCUCACCCGCUGCUGGACCAGCGCCUGCCGCACUACUCCUCCUUCGGCUCGGUGGGCGAAUGGCUCCGGGCGAUCAAAAUGGGCCGCUACGAAGAGAACUUUGCGACGGCCGGCUUCUCCUCCUUUGAACUGGUCAGCCAGCUCUCGACUGAAGAUCUGCUCCGAGUCGGGGUGACGCUGGCCGGCCACCAGAAGAAGAUUUUGUCCAGCAUCCAGAACAUGCGUGUCCAGAGCAAGCCCGGCCCGUCCGUCGGGACCAAAGCGGGACUUUACUGACCCGGGUGGUGCCUUGAGUCUGGUCAGCCUCUCUGGGCCCCUCCGACAAAUAGGAUUCCGGUGGUGAAGCGGGGGGGGGGGUGUCUGUGAUUUGGGGAGCCGGUUGCCUCAGGCCCCACUCCCGUUUCUGGUUUCCUUUUCUCCUUUGGAAGAGGAUCGUCACUGGGGCAUCAGCCCCUGCCUCCUCAACAGAUUCUCCUUUCCCCCUUUUUAAAAAGACUUGCGCUCUGGGGCAGGGAAGAUGGAAGACUCCUUUUUCCCACCGCAGUCAUUUUAUGAAAUGGCUGCUUGGGAUCUGCAGAUACUGCUGGCUGCUUGCUCAGUUCAGCCGUGUUGGCAGAGGUGGCGGCCAUCUCUCCGUCUCUCCCACCUCUGGCCCUUCGACUGGGUCUCCCUGGCGGCUCGUGCAACCGCCCAGCCCUCAGUGCCUUGGCCUGACUCUUCAAAGAACAGUUAGGUAGGAAUUCCAAAGGUGACCUCAUGUUUACCCCGUUUCCCAGAAUGCACUUGUGUGGAAAAUGGGUGCACUUCUCUCAUCUUCAGGGGCAGCAGCCCCACCUGUGGACUUGCCAAGAUGGCUGCCUGGAGGAUUGCCUCCGGAAAUGGCACCUGCACGGAAAUGCGCAUGAGGAGUGAAAUUUUUAUGCUGUUUUUCAGGGUAAACAGUUUUUUUCAGGGUGGCUGCUCUGUCUAGCGGUGAGAUCUCAAAAAAUGGAGAUUCUUGACUUGCGGCUCCGUUUUUAAAUGACUUUUAACUCUUUCUUGCCUUGCCCUCCUGGUGCCCUGCCUGGAGGAUUUGUUUGGGGUAAAUCACCAGAGGCCUUCAGGACCAGCCGUCUUCCCUCCUUUGUGGGUCAUGGGAGCAC